AUGAACAAGUAUGGCUUUGUAAAUGAAAGUGGUUGGAUCACUCUAAUCCUGGCCGGAUCCUCGCUGUCCAACGCCUUCUGGUGGCCAAAAACAACAACCGAAACCAGGGAGCCCAGUGGUGGUCCAAUGCUGCAGCAAAUCCCGCUCACCUACUUCCGCACGUACACCUAUCAGCCGUUGGCUCCCGGAUUCUUUGGCUUUGGAGCACCUCAGACACCAAUGCUACCAGGACCACCAUAUGAUCCUUAUGCGGUGAACAGUUACGGGGCUGGCCGACGACAUGACACCGUUCCCAGGCAGGAAGUGACUGCGCCGAGUAGCACAACUAGCACCACCAGCACCACACCGGCUCCAACGACCACAACGACUACGACGACGACGACGACCACGCCGGCUCCAACCACCACGACCAGUACCACCACUAGCACCACAACGCCGCCACCACCUCCUCCUCCUCCGUCGGUGGCCCAGUCCACUAGCAGCAGUUUCUCCGAAGGAUCCACAUCCAGUUUGCUGCGCUUCGGCGAAUAUCCCACGUACAAUCGCCGAGUGAGCAACCUCUACAAUGCCAGGCCGCAGUAUCCGUAUCCGGACUACUUCAACUAUCAGGCGCCGCAGCAGCAGCAGCAGUCGCAGAAUGUAAUGUCAGAGCAGGGGGUCUCCUCCAGUGGCAGUCGCAUCCAAUUUGUGCCCUGCAUGUGCCCCGUGAGCAUGCCCAGUUUGCUGCCAUCCUCGACGGCGGCCACAACGUCCACCCAUCCGGGCACUUCACCCACUUCUUUCGCAUCACAGCCGGCGGCUCGUCACAUCGAGCGACAGGAAUUGGAAGCGGAUACUGAUGGCGAGACAGGCGGCGAGGGUGAGGAAGAUGAGGAGGAGGAGGACGAGGAGGUGGUGGAACAGGUUCAGGAGGAGGGUUCCACCAGUAGUAUCAAGCCAAUUCUCGACUGA